AUGGGCAAAAUUGCACUCAUCGGCGCCGCGGGCCAGAUUGGCACACCUCUCAGCCUGCUUUGUAAAUCUAGUGAUCUCUUCGACGAGAUUUCACUUUACGAUAUCGUGCACGUUCCAGGUAUCGCGACGGAUCUGAUGCACAUCGACACCAAAGCCAAGGUCAGCGGCUACCUUCCCGAGGAUGGAGGCCUGAAGAAGGCUCUUACUGGUGCGGACAUUGUCGUCGUUACUGCUGGUAUUGCGCGGAAGCCCGGAAUGACAAGAGAUGAUCUUUUCAAGACCAAUGCUGGCAUCAUUCGCGACAUCUUUUUUGAGAUCGCAGAGACUUGCCCUAAUGCUAUUUCCUGCAUUGUGACCAACCCAGUGAAUUCCACUGUUCCAGUCGCAGCCGAGGCUCUCACGAAAGCCGGCGUCUUUGAGCCCACUCGUCUUUUCGGUGUUACGACGCUGGACGUAGUACGUGCCUCCACAUUCGCUGCACACGCCCUCGGUGGAAGCGCCGAGCCCAAGCAUUUUAAAGUCCCGGUCAUCGGUGGCCACAGCGGAGCUACCAUUCUCCCUCUAUAUAGCCAGGCCAAGCCUGCUGUCAAUUUGAGCGAUGAGGAGUUGGCACCCGUCAUAAACCGUGUGCAAUUCGGCGGCGAUGAGAUCGUGAAGAGUAAGCAAGGGGCCGGAAGCGCCACGACGUGUAUGGCGUAUGCUGGUUUCCGCUUUGUUAAGGCUGUUAUGUCUGCUCGGGAUGGCCAGACUGUGUCGGAGGAGGCAUACGUUUAUCUACCAGGCGUUCCUGGAGGCAAGGAAAUCGCUGCCCAACUUGGUGUGGAUUACUUUGCUGUUAAAAUUGAGAUCGGUAAGAAUGGUGCUUCUCAGGCGCUUCCCAUCGGCCAGAUAUCUGCGAACGAAGAGAAGUUGCUUGAGGUUGCUGUGAGUGAUCUCAAGGCAAAUAUUGCAACUGGAGUCUCAUUCAUGCGCUCGUGA